AUGUCGGAUUACUCACUGAGGACCAUGAACAGCAGCGAAGCCAUCGCUUUCUCCGGCGGAUUACAAUCCUCUGAGGUGGGGGCAGAGAUCACCUUGGUUCUACCUUUAAUCCUGUCCAUUAUUUGCCUGGUGGGGAUGACUGGGAACUUACUGGUUAUCGCCAUCCUCUUCCACGAUUUUCGGAAAGGGAAAUGCUCGGUAGUUAAUUGCCUGGUCAUUAGUCUGUCUGCGACCGACCUACUGCUCAUCCUCUUUUGCCUCCCAGUGCGCAUUGUCACUUACGCCAAGCAGUCUUGGGUCUUUGGAAGUUUUAUUUGCAAGUCCACAGAAUGGUUUCUCCACUGCUGCUUAAUAGCCAAAAGCUUCACCCUGGCUGCGAUUGGACAAGCCAGGUACAAACACGUUAUUACCCCACCCAAGUUCCUCAGCUUCAGCAGCAGACAUGUGGUCUUGGUCAUGUUCUUCACUUGGAGUUUAUCCCUACUGUUGCCCCUUCCACAUCUGAUAUUCACCCAACUACAGGUCAGGCAGGAAGGGCUGUUCUGCCUUUUUGAUAUCCCAGAAUAUGCCUCCAAUUUCAUGAAUGUCUUCAGCAAACUGUACCCUCUGCUCGCCUAUGUGCUUCCCAUGGUCUUCUCCUUCUGCUGCUACAUCAAAGCCCUCAGGAGAAGGGAGAGAAGGAACAGGAUUCCCAGCCCCAGAGUCCUCAGUAGGAGAAUCACUUCCAUGUUAAUGAGCGUCAACCUGGCCUUUGAUGCAAUGUGGCUCCCAGAAUGGAUAGUGUGGAUGUGGGCAAGGCACAGCAGCUUUGGGACUCUUCACCCACCAACUGCAUUGAUGGUUCUAGCUCAGGUCAUCCUGUUCCUCAACUGCACUUUAAACCCUGGAGUCUUUCUGGCUGUAUCCGAUGAAUUCAGGGAAGGUUUGAAGAAUAUAUGGAUGGUGGUGAAAUGUAAAACACACAACGAAGAGGGGCUCAGCAGAGCUGGGGAGAACGGAUCAGAUGUGGUCACCAGUACCAUCCAAUCCUUGCAAGACUUGCGGACAAACUCAGGACUGAGGUCCUCCCAAGAGUCCAAACUGAAAGAGGAGAAGGUCCUUCCAGACGUGGAGCACUUUUGGCAGGACCGGAGGAAUACAACGGCCGGAGAUGACAACGAUCCCAUGCCCUGGGAACACCAGGAGAAGCCUUAA